AUGAAAGUCGUCGCAAAAGACAAAGUGGCCAGUGCGGCCAACCAAAUACGCCGAGCGCUUUCUGAAAGAGACGUCCUCAAGCAGUGCGACUCGCCAUUCGUCGUGAGGCUUUUUUGGGCGUUCCAGACUCAAAGGCACUUGUUCCUUGUUAACGAGUUCUGUCCGGGAGGAGAUCUCUUUCAGCUGCUCCGGGACUGCCAGUUUUUCCCUGAAAACGUGUCCCGUUUCGUCUUUGCGGAGGUUUUACUCGGUCUGAGUCACCUCCAUGAACGGAACAUUCUCUAUCGGGACUUGAAGGCGGAGAACGUCUUGGUUGACCUGGACGGACACUGCCGAUUAGCUGAUUUCGGACUGUCGAAGACGCUCUCAAAGGGUCACCAGCGGAGCUACUCUUUCUGCGGAAGUCCAGAGUAUCUCAGCCCCGAGAUGCUGCUAGGAACGGGCCACGACAAGACACUGGAUUAUUAUGGCAUCGGAUGCUUAUUGUACGAGAUGCUGACUGGCAUCCCACCGCACUACUCAAGCAACCGCAACUGCAUGUACAGCCGGAUACUGGAAGGGAAUCUUUCCUUCCCGUCCUCGUCGAAGGUAUCGGCUGAGGCAAGGGACCUCGUCCAACGCUUGCUUCAUGUAGAUCCAGCACGUCGACUGGGAACGGGCCAGGCAGGUGUCGAGUCACUUUUCGCUCAUCCCUGGCUCCAGGGCGUCGACUGGAAGCGGAUUUCAGAGCGCACGGUACCAAGUUUAUUGCUUCCGUACCUGCAGCGGCAACGCUUGGGGAUUGGUAGAAGUCCGGAUCCCAUGUAA